AUGGCGGACGAGGCAGGGAGCGUUGGUGACACAUGUAUAAAGGAAAAAAAAGAAGAUCUAAAGGAAGAUAACUGCAAUGGAGAAUUGGAUAAGGAGGAAGAAGGCACAAAAAGUGUAAUAGCUUCAAAGUGUACAAAUAUCAAUGUUUCUCAAUCAUCUAAUAGUUUUCGCCUUAAGUCAAGUAAAUUAGAUUCUAGUAUAGGAGACGUAUGUUCAACCCCUAGCAAACCAUUUAUAUUGAAUCCUCCACGGCUAUCGAAUCAUUCAUUACAUCCAGGAAAGGAUGGAAAAGAUGAACCAAAGUUUGGAGAGUCUUUAUUUUCAACUCCUAAAAGUAAUCAGGACAGUAAGAUAGUUACACCUUUAACUAAGACAAGCUUGUCAUUUCUACCUCUUGGAAGUGAAAAUACUACAACUCCUUCCCAGUCUACUUCAUUUUCCGCAACAUCGUCUCCCUCUCUUGGAUUUGUAUUUGGUCAAAACAUCCAUGAAAAAGUUGAAGCAGCAGUGCCAAUAGAAAGCGCAACGCCUUCUACUGACAAGCCAUCAUCUUCCGAACAGCAAAUAACUACCAAUGGAACAUCUUCUGAAAUGCUCUUUUCUGCAAGGGUCACCAAGGAAAAUGCUGAUAAAGCUGCGGAAACUUCAAAAAGCUUAAGUGAAGCAGCAAGGGAAUAUGAAGAAGCUCGAGCACAAAAAAGGAGAUAUGAGGAAGUACCUGUUUUAACAGGUGAAGAAGAGGAAGCAAAUGUCUUACAGAUUAAUUGUAAGCUGUUUUCUUGGAGCAGUUGUAGUUGGACGGAGCGUGGUAGAGGUACUUUAAGAGUAAAUGAUUUACCCACAUCUCCAGGAAGUCAUCGGCUUAUAGUGAGGACUACUGGAAGUUUAAGAGUUGUGUUAAACACCAAGAUUUGGGCAGGAAUGACUGUUGAUAGAGCCAGUGUAAAAAGUAUGAGGAUAACAGCAAUGGAUAGUAAUGGUGUCCUUAAAGUGUUUUUAGUAAUGGCCAGUCCAAAAGAAAUGGACCAACUCCAAAAAUGUUUAGAAUGGCGAGUAAGUAAUUUGAAAAAAAGUGAAGAAGGACCUCCCAAAAAACUAAAACCUGAUGACAGCUAG